UCAUCCGGGCGAUCGUCUGUUGCGCCUUUUUUGACGCGUGCGCCUUGCCCGUGCCGCCCGCAUGACCUCGUUCCCCGGAGGGCGCAGUGCUUUAUAAUCCCAUCGCGUCUGCCCACUCAAUCCCCGCGGGUUCGAUAUGGAGAUGCCUUCAUUUCACCCGCUUACGACUGGAGAGCGCUUGUCUGGUGAGAUCCGGGUCUUUCGCUGAGGAGGAUAUCAUUUGCGGCUCUGUCCUUUGCCACGUCUCCAGAUUCGUUGACAUGCCAUACCUAGUCCACCACAGAAGACGCCACUCCUGGCCCUACUGCGGAGGGACGACCCCGCGUGAGCGAUCAACCCUGCCCGUUUUGACGGCCACUGAGCCCUCGAACGCCCGCGAAUCACCAUUCCUGGCCUCCUACCUCGCCGCAGAAGACGACGCAGCGUCGGCGGGGAUCAUCCGCUCCAAAACCACCUGGUCGCAUCGUUUCUGGCCUCACUCCUCUCGGCCCACCGCGGUCCCGGAGCAGCAGUACUCCACCACCGCCGCGGGAUCAAGCAGUGGCAGCUCGCUGCGGCGCAUGAUCCGACCGCCGCUGGACAAGGCUCGCUCGCUUUUCGUGCUGCCGACGACCACCACGGCCGGCGACAAUGUUUUUGUCUCUUAUUGGGUUCCGCACCGGCCUGAGCUGGGCGCUGCGGCUGGUGGGCAUCCUGACCGGGGUCGGUCGCUGGGGGAUGGUCUGGGGCGUCUUGCGGCUGAUCGGAACCAUCGUCGGUGUCAUUCGGAACAACCGCGCGCGUGGCGACGACCAAGCGCAGCCCUGUGGACCUUGAAGGAGGAAUGAUCGCUCUGGCCGCUGGACUUUCUGCGUAUCUCACCUGAUUAUUGUGAUAUUGAUCUGCUGCGUUAUGACGUUACGGUUAUUGGAUUUAAUGGAUUGGACUUUUGUGUCAUUCUAGCAUUGCGAGCAAGGCGGCAUGUCGGUAGAAUGGAUGGCGUUUGUUUAUAUUGGCGGUGACAUUUCAACACUGGGUCGCCAAAAUGGAAAAUGCAUAAAA